AUGCACGGUGACCUGGACUUCGGGUGGGGCGGGCCAGUGCAGCAAAAGUCUGGACUCCUGAGGUGCCCUCUCUGCAGCCCAGUCAUCCGUCAGAUCCGCCAGGCCUGUGCGGAGCCCUUUGAGGCCUUUGAGGAGUGUCUUCGGCAGAAUGAGGCGAACACAAGCAACUGUGCGGAGCCCGUUCGUCGCUUCCUGCAGUGCGCUGAGCAGGUGCAGCCCCGGAGCCCACCGGCAACCAUGCAGGCACAGCCGCUUCCUGCCUCCUGAGGACUCUGGACCAUCUGAAAACUGGAUAGGAGUGACUGGCCACUUAAUGCCCCAGCCCUGAAGAGUGAAUGACCAGAUACUCUCCUGAGGGCCCUGGACAUGGGCCUAGUCUCUGGACAUCAGGGCUCGCAAUAAAGAAAGACUGUGGACACCA